GAAGGACGUGGUAUAAACAGGCUGCGAUGUAGCCCUGGCUAUCUCGACUUUCAGCAACUGUCUGAAGCUUCUUCCUUUCCAUAAAACUACUGUAAUAUCUUGUUUGCUAGCGUUGCCGCCAAAAUUACCAUGCCCCCGUCGGCGCAAGUUGACGAGCAACCCCAAAAGGUCAAAAAGACCCCCUUGCAAUUGAUUUCGCAGGGCGCCUGUCUCCCCGGAAUCCCCAAACAUCCCACAUUCGCUGCGCAAAGACAAUGGCAGUUGGAGAAGAUGGCGCUGGCAUUUCGUGUCUUUGCACGAUUGGGUUACACGGAUGGUAUGGCUGGUCAUAUCUCCGUGCGGGACCCUGAGAAUCCACACACUUUCUGGACAAACCCCCUGGCAGUGCAUUUCGGCAUGUUGAGAGCCAGCGAUAUGAUCCUUGUCAACUAUGAGGGUGUUCCCAUCGGAGGAAACAUGAGUCGACCAGCAAAUGCUGCAGGCUUCCUCAUACACAGCGCAGUCCACAAGGCUCGACCAGAUGUUGUCGCCGCAUGCCAUACCCACAGCGUGCAUGGCAUGGCAUGGAGUGUCUUUGGGCGACCAAUAGAAAUGAUCACACAAGACGCUGCAUACCUUUACGGUGAUGCCCAGGCUGUCUACCGUGACUUUGGAGGUGUCGUCGUUACUCAAGAAGAAGGUGACAAAAUCGGCGCUGCUUUAGGACCCAAGGGUAAAGCUAUGAUUCUCCAAAACCAUGGUCUUCUUACAACUGGUACGACAGUCGACGAGGCCUGCUUCCUCAUGACUCUCAUGGAGCGGGCCAGUCAAUGCCAGUUACUUGCUGAGGCUGCAGCGGCCAACGGCAUUCCGAAGGUUCUCAUUUCUGACGCGAGUGCAAAGUACACCUUUGAGAACUCAAGUGACUCGGAGACCUUGUACUGGGAGGGCCAGCCUGACCUGGAGUACGAGGAAUACAUGUGCAAAGGUGAGCAUAAGCUAUAAAGAUUGAUGUACCUAUAAACAGCCACCGCGAUUAGUUUGGUGCAAAGACGUAUGGUUCAGGACUCAAAAAGCGGGGUUUAGAAGAACUAUUACUAUUCCUUAGUAAAUGCAACUUGAAAACAG